CGACAGCCACGUCCUGCGCGCCACGUCCAUGUUGUCACACUUGCCGUAUUCUUUACCGGUAAACAGUUUGAAGACGAGUUCGAGUUUGGCGAGUUUCUUUAAGAAUAUUAAGGUUAAGCUGAAAGUAUGGCUUGUGGCACGUUACGUGCAUUAAUAUCGUUGGCGGUGGUGGUUUUGGCAUCUCGGGCAAUUACUUUGGCAGUUCCGAAUGCAAAUGUGGAACCGGAGCUCGUCCUGAAGAAUGUGGAAAGGAACAUUGACCUGCAAUCUCAACUCACCAAGAUCACCACUAAGGUGGUUUUAGAGAAUGGUGGAAAAAGUCCGAUGCGCAGCUUUCUCUUCGCUAUAGAUGAUAAGCAGAAGGAAGGACUCAGUUACAUUGGAGCUCAUACUAGAGAGGCUGGACGUGCUGCUCUGAAGGUUUCGAAGAGUGAAGUAAAGGAACAUCCUGAUAAGCUUUUUUAUCAGAUUGAACUUAAGGACUCAUUGCCGCCAGGGCGAUCGGUUUCUGUUGAAGUUGAAGUUGUUUCGACGCAUGAGCUUGUACCUCAUCCUAAAGAGAUCAUUCAGAAAGAAAAGCAACUGGUACGCUACACUGGAAACCUUUAUUUGUACUCACCAUAUCCUGUCCUUAAGCAGUCUACUAUGGUUGUAUUUCCGUCUCGUAAUAUUGAGAGCUAUACCAAGAUUAAACCUGUGUCUCAAACUGAAUCCACUAUCACCUAUGGACCAUAUGAUAAACGUGCUCCAUUUUCUUCGGAGGAGCUUGCUGUGCACUUUGAAAAUAACAGUAAAUUCCUCACUGUUACAAGGCUUGAGAGAGUUAUUGAAAUCUCACACUGGGGCAACAUUGCUGUAGAGGAAACAAUUAAUCUUCUUCACACUGGUGCUCUUUUGAAGGGAUCAUUUUCGCGUUAUGAAUAUGCACGUGAAUCCAAGUCUGGUGAAGCUAGUGUACAGAGCUUUGAUACAAUUUUACCAGCUGCCGCCUCUGAUGUCUACUAUCGGGAUGAGAUUGGCAAUAUCUCGACAUCCCAUGCCAGAAUCAAGAAAGACUCUGUAGAACUUAACUUAAGACCACGAUUUCCAUUGUUUGGUGGAUGGAAAACUCGUUAUACAGUCGGAUAUAACGUGCCUAGUUAUGAAUACCUUUUUCAUUCUGGUGAUCAAUAUACGUUGGAGAUGAGACUUCUGGACCAUGUGUUCGACGACAUGGUAGUGGACGAGCUGAUCGUGAAAAUCAUUCUACCAGAAGGAUCUCGUGAUAUUGAACUAAUUUUACCUUAUGCAGCUACUCGUUUACCAGACAGUCUUCACUACACAUACCUAGACACAACUGGUAGACCAGUGAUCUCGGUGACAAAGAAAAACUUAGUUGAAAACCACAUUCAAAACUUCAGGCUUCGAUAUACAUUUCCAAGGUUGCUUAUGCUUCAGGAGCCACUAUUAGUGGCUGUGGCUUUGUACCUUCUAUUCCUGAUGGUUAUUGUUUACGUACGUCUAGACUUCUCCAUCGAUAAGGACGAAGCAUCUGAGAGUAAACUGCGUAUAGCAGGGCAAUGCGAAAAAGUUCUAGCUGCUCAGGAUCGUCGAGUGAGCUCCUACAAUGACCUGGAUGAUCAGCUUGUAUACUUAAAAGCUAACAAAGAUGCUAAUGCUUUCCUUACUGCAGUGAAGAGCAUCAAUCAAGAGUACAAAAAUGCAACCAGUGCUAUCGCUGAACUUGCUCAAAAACUAAAAACAGAAUCUAGUGACGUUUAUGAACGUGUUAUGGAAUUGCAGCGGUAUGAUCGAAUUCUUAAAGAUCUGUAUAAUCAGCAGCAAACUCUCUAUGUGGACAAAUUGAUUCCGGGUAAGGUUGGAAGACAGCCCUUUAUCGAAGCAGAGGCUGCUAUCUCUAAGAAGAAAGAGGAAUGCGUAGAGAAGAUCAAUGGCAUUGUCAAAUCCUUGCAAUAGUCAUUAGAUCCUUGCUAUAAAAAUUGUUUUCACAAGGUUUAUCAUUCCAGUCGAUAAACAGGAUACUCCUGGGAUAUGCUUGUGAUGAAGAGAUUCUUCUAGGAAUGGCAAUGAUGCCAAAAUUUAUAAAAUACUUCGACUGUCGUACUUCACUUUCGAUUGUUAUGAAACACAUUUACGUACUAAUGGCUAGGACAACUAUUGCUCUACUCUUUCAACUUUGUAAUAAAGAAGUAUUAUAAGUAG